GCUGGGAUUUGGAGCCAGUUAAGAUUCCAAUUGAAAACACACUUGGAUAGCUUAAAAAGAAAAGAAAAGAAAAAGAAAACACCGAAAUGCCUGCCUCUUCGUUGUGUGAUGCACACAAUACUUCUGCUGAAAUUAAUUACAUAAAUCAGGAUGACUGGGUUACAAGUGGAAAAAUUGGGUCACGUGAUGCGGUAUUGGUUUUUCGCACUAAUAUACUUAAUCCAAAAACUAGAAAAACUUUAAAGGAAGCUAAGUCGAUACAAAUGGACCUUCAAGAUCAAGAAAUUAAGUCUACUUCGAGCAAUAUGAUUCUUAAGCAAACAUUAUCGCCUACAGUAAGCAAAAGUCCUUUAAGCAAUGCAGCACUAGGAAAGACGUAUGUGUCAGUUGAAAAGUUGCCAAUUUGCGGAGAUCAGCAAAAUCAACAUAAAAAAACGCGUAAUUUAUUUUCUUCAUGUGAUACUUCGGUUUUAAGUGAUGCAAAUGAAAAAACGCAGUAUAAUGAAAAAAAACCUAAAACAAAACAAAAAGAAAAUGAUUCAGUUGUCGAAUCAGAAUCUGAUUUAAAUAAGGAAAGUGGCUAUGAUUCUGUAACGACUUCUCAAUCCAAUACUGACAGUAACACUAGUGAGGAAGAUCAAGAAGUAUCUAGUGAGGAAGAUAAUGAUUGUGGAGUAAAUAUGCCUGCACACCACUUACAAAUUACAUAUAAAUUUAUUCAAACAGAAACAAAAUUAUUGAGAAAGAUAUUCAAUGUUCAUGGCUUAACUGAAGUUCAGAGCGAAACAGACUUCAAUUUAUUGUGGACAGGAGUCCAUAUGAAACUAGACACCUUACGAAACUUAGCGCUGUAUCAACGAGUUAACCAUUUUCCAAGAUCAUAUGAACUCACGCGAAAGGACAGACUCUACAAAAAUAUUGAACGAAUGCAACACUUACGUGGAAUGAAGCAUUUUGACAUUGUGCCCCAAUCUUUUAUUCUUCCGCUUGAAUCGAAAGAUCUAUUAUUUGCCCAUAAUAAACAAAGAGGACCUUGGAUUGUGAAACCGGCAGCUUCAAGCAGGGGACGUGGAAUAUUUAUUGUGAAUUCGCCAGACCAGAUACCACAGGACGAACAAGUUUUAGUAUCCAAAUAUAUUGUGGAUCCACUUUGUAUUGAUGGUCAUAAGUGUGAUUUACGCGUAUAUGUGUUGGUUACGUCAUUCGAUCCACUCAUUAUAUAUCUUUAUGAAGAGGGUAUAGUCAGAUUGGCGACUGUGCGGUACGACAGGAACACUGACAACCUGUGGAAUCCAUGCAUGCAUCUUUGUAACUAUAGCAUCAAUAAAUAUCAUUCUGAUUACAUAAGAUCAUCGGAUGCUCAGGAGGAAGAUGUUGGUCACAAGUGGACCUUGUCAGCCCUUUUAAGACAUCUUAAGCUCCAAGGAUGCGAUACUCACUUACUGAUGCUAAAUAUUGAAGAUCUAAUCAUUAAGGCUGUACUCGCCUGUGCUCAAACAAUAAUUUCCGCAUGUAGAAUGUUUGUACCUAAUGCAAAUAACUGUUUUGAACUUUAUGGAUUUGAUAUAUUAAUUGAUAAUACACUGAAACCUUGGUUAUUGGAAGUUAACCUUUCGCCAUCGAUGGGCGUUGACAGUCCCUUGGAUACUAAAGUAAAAGCCUGUCUUGUUACGGAUUUACUGACCUGUGUUGGCAUUCCGGCAUUUAGUCCUGAAAUGAGAUCUCUUUAUACCAAUAAAUCAGCCCGGCGACGUAGCUCAAGUUGUCAAAGGCAAGUAGAUGCAACUGAAACCAGCACUACACUUCGAUCAACAAAAUCAAAAAAAAAGCCUUUUGGAUUAAUAAACUUAACGCAAGAAGAACAACGUAUAUUACGUAGCGCCCGAUUGCAAUAUACAAGACGUGGAGGCUUCGUUCGCAUAUUCCCAACAGACGACACAAUGCAACGAUACGGACAUUUCUUAGAUUCUGCAAAUGGCAUUCCACUAUCCACCCCAAAUGUUCAAGGUCAAACGUUUCAAGCAUUAGUAACGCAACAUAAUUACAACCAAAUGCUGUAUUCAAAUUUAUUCUGUCAGGGCUCACGAUACAUUCAAGACGAUAAUUCGCAAGAAAACCGUAUUAAACAAUACGAACGAGCUUUGGAAACGGACUCUGAAAUACCUUUCUUAAAGAAACAAACUGUAGAGAAAUGUGAAGAAGAAGGACGAAGACUUCGCAAGCAAUUACUUAAGAAAAUUGGCAGUGGUUCCACAUUAACUCAUUUUCAAGCACGUCAAACGUUUAGUUUAUAUUUAGAGUCCGUAUUACGAAGACUAACUCAAGACCCAAAAGAUAGUCAUGAAAAAAUUAUUUUAAAAUUUCUUAAUAAGUAUGGUGGGGGUGUUAAACCUCCAGUUUUAUUUCGAAAUACGCAAAAUAUUAGUAAAGCUCGUUCAGCAAUGGUAGCAAAAUUAUUAGGUGAUUUUUUGGAAAAUUACAAAAGAGAUACCGAAGCCUACGUAGAUUCCUUUGACCAUUUUGGAAUGAUACCAACCAGUGCCUACAGUUUAUUUUUAGUACACGCUCAAGAAUCAGAUCUAGAGGCAGUCCUAACUCAUCAUACAAAUAUUACUGGAAUAAUGCCAUUUUUAUAUAAUCGAUGUGGGCUGUCAGUGCCAUCAACGCCGCCUAUUCCGUCCGGAUUAUAUGGGUUCCUAAGGGCUCUGCCUGCAAUGGUAUCAAAUUCAGGAGUCUCGAGAGACGUUAGCAAGUAUGAUGGGUAUUUCAAAAGCUACGAUAAAAAUUGUGAAAAUGUACGUGAUAUUUCAUUAAGAUCAAGAAGCACAAAGGAUAUCAAAUAGUAAAUAUAUUUUGUUGCAAUUUAUUUGUUUUAAGCAUAUUUGUUAAACCAUUUUUCAAUAAUCUCUUUUGGAUUUAAAAAUUAUAUGCAUAAGGCUGGAUUUAAAUAAAAUACAACGAAAAAUAUGCCUAAACAAUGUAUAACGUAAAAUCAAAACUAUAAAAUAAUAUAAAUUAUAUAUAAUAAUAUAAAUGAUUUAACCUGCGACAUUUUCCUUUAGCUUAAUAAUAAUAUUCAAUAGAGCUAGUUCAUAAAAACUUAUGAAAUUUGCAUAUAUAAGUUUUGUUAAGGACCAAAGUUAGAGUAAAUUAUUAUUUAUUAUCAAUAUAAAAUCAUAUAUGAAAUCGUAUUAUGCUAAAAUGAAGUAUUACCUACUGUAUUUAUUAACUAAAUCUUCAAAAUUUAUUUCAAGGCCUAAAAUAACAACAAUGAUCUGUUACCACAUUUUUAAGAUCUAUUUUAAAUGUAAUAUCUGAUAUUUGAUAAGUCGAAAUAGUCAAAAUACUCUAUAAAAGUGAGUCAAUAAGAAACAUAAGAAUUUUGUAACCGGACAUUAUCAAAUGCUUACAUCUCCUAAGUGUUCACAGCUUGCAAGUUAAUAAAUUUUUAAUUCUGA